CCUUCUAAACUUCUCCGAGAACCAAAACCCUUUUCCUCAUGUCUGAUCUUCAAAGCCUAAUGGGCAUGGAGAUAGUAUGGUUCUUCAACGCUGUCCCUCUGGUAUCAACAAUCUUCACGGUUUUGGCCUUGGUAGCAGGAUUAGUGGCCUAUCUCUAUGGACCAUACUGGGGGGUCAGAAAGGUCCCUGGUCCUCCAACAAUCCCUCUGCUAGGACACUUGCCACUGAUGGCUAAGUAUGGUCCUGAUGUGUUUUCCGUCCUUGCCAAACAGUAUGGCCCUAUUUUCAGGUUUCAUAUGGGAAGACAGCCACUGAUAAUUGUAGCAGAUCCAGAGCUGUGCAAAGAAGUUGGCAUAAAGAAAUUUAAAGACAUCCCUAAUAGAAGCAUUCCUUCUCCCAUCAAAGCUUCCCCUCUUCAUCAGAAGGGUCUCUUCUUCACCAGGGAUACAAGAUGGUCCACCAUGAGAAACACCAUUUUAUCUUUUUAUCAGCCAUCCCACCUGGCCAGUCUAAUGCCUACAAUGCAAGCUUACAUUGAUUCUGCAAUUCAGAACCUCCAUGAAGAAGAAGACAUCAUCUUUUCUAACUUCUCGCUCAAAUUGGCCACCGAUGUAAUAGGUCAAGCUGCUUUUGGCGUUCACUUUAACCUCUCCAAAUCACAAUCAUCAAUCACCAACUCAACAAGGAAACUUGAUGAAAAUGAUGAAGUCUCUGACUUCAUCAAUCAGCAUGUCUACUCCACCACACAACUUAAGAUGGACUUAUCAGGUUCUUUUUCCAUCAUAAUAGGUCUGCUUCUCCCAAUCUUGCAAGAACCAUUUAGGCAGAUUCUUAAGAGGAUUCCAGGUACCAUGGACUGGAAGGUAGAUAGGACUAACAGAAAACUGUCAGGCAGACUUGAUGAGAUUGUGUCAAAGAGAAUGCAAGAAAAGAACAAGGGAUCCAAGGAUUUCUUAUCACUGAUAUUGAAUGCAAGAGAAUCUCAACAAGAGUCAAGGAAAGUUUUUUCUCCGGAUUAUAUUAGUGCAGUUACUUAUGAACAUCUUCUUGCCGGGUCAGCAACAACAGCAUUUACUCUGUCCUCUGUUGUCUAUCUGGUGGCUGGACAUCCUGAGGUGGAAAAAAAGUUGCUUGCUGAGAUUGAUGGGUUUGGACCGGUAGAUGUGGUGCCAACUGCUCAUGAUCUUCAGCACAAAUUCCCCUACCUUGACCGGGUGAUAAAGGAGACUAUGAGAUUCUACAUUGUUUCCCCAUUAGUAGCAAGGGAAACAUCAAAAGAAGUGGAGAUAGGAGGCUAUCUCCUUCCAAAAGGAACAUGGGUCUGGUUGGCACUUGGAGUUUUGGCUAAAGAUCCCAAGAAUUUUCCUGAGCCAGACAAAUUCAAACCGGAGAGGUUUGAUCCCAAUUGUGAAGAAGAGAAACGGAGGCAUCCUUACGCUCUCAUCCCUUUCGGAAUCGGCCCUCGAGCAUGCAUUGGCCAAAAAUUCUCCCUCCAAGAAUUAAAACUGUCACUGAUACACUUAUACAGGAAAUAUACAUUUCGACAUUCUCCCAAGAUGGAAAAUCCCUUGGAGCUUGAAUAUGGCAUAAUUCUCAACUACAAGCACGGUGUAAAGCUCAGAGCCAUCAAAAGAACUUGAAGAAAACUGCUGUUAUUAAUCUGCGAAGAGGUGUGUAAACUUGUAUGAAACACUAGAAUGAGUAAGAUAGUCUUUUAC